AUGCGCGCUCCCAGAUGUCUCCUGUUGCUAUCCGUGCUGCUGUAUGCCGCCCUCGCGGCCGGCGCAGCCCGAGCCGAUGCAACACCGCUCACCGAGGCCGACGACGAGCCGCCGCCCCGCCCCCAGCCGCUCGUCUUCCUGCACAUCCCCAAGACCGGCGGCACAUCCCUCGCGCUGACGCUGCAGCGGUUCCUGGGCGAGCUCAACUGCACGCGCGACGCGCUCGGCGACGACGACCCGCAGCCGGGCAAUGAGACCUGCGUCUGGGCGCACGCCUUCCCCGGCAAAGACCAUGACGAGCGCUUAUUCCUGGCGCGCGCGGCAGUCGGCGCCGCGGGGCGCAAUGUCAAGCUCGACUACCUCAUGGGCCACCUCCACUUCGGGUCCUGCAUCCUGCUAAACGCCACGCUGCCGAAGCGCGCGCCCUGCGUGUACACUACCGUGCUGCGCGACCCGCUGGCACGCAUCGUCAGCCACUACCGCUGGCUGAUGCGCGCGGCGCCGCACGUGCUGCUCCGCCGCUGCCCUGAAUGCACCACCAUCGACGCGUUCGCGGCGGCGAUCAACAACGGGACGAUGAUCACGCGGCUCUACCUCGAGAACACGCAGACGCGCGUGCUGUCUGGGGAUGGUUUCUGGGCGUCGAUCACCAACAACCGCCUGCGGGACGUCGCGCUACACGCCGACAGCGAGAUGCUCGAGCGCGCCAAGGCGAACCUGGCGUCCGCCGCCGUCCCGUUUUUCGGGCUCACGGAGGACAUGCCGGCCUACGUCCGGCGGCUGCGCGCCUUCCUCGGCUUGCCGCCCGCGGCCGGGGCCGAGGCCGCGGCGCGGAUGGUGGUCGCGAACGCGGCGCCGGACGCGCUGAGCGCGGAGGCGCUGUCCCCCAGGACGCGCGAGCUGCUGCUGGAGAGCCAGGCGCAGGACGUGCAUCUCUAUGAGUUUGCAAAGCGCCUGCUCGCGGCGCGCGGGGGCGCUGCGUAG